UGUGUUCAAUCAUCAGAAGCUUCUUUUGAUUAUGAAUAUCAAAAUUUUGAUUCCAACACAAAAAACAAAUGUAAAGUGGUUGAUACUCUUUAUAUUACAAUAACUGUUUCUUGGCAAAGAAGUACCUUGUAGUAGCUCAUUCUGUCUCCUAUAUGAGAGUAAACCAACCAUUGUAACUGAACCUUAAACCCACAGAAGCCAAAAACACCAUGAAAAUCAUCAAUACUCCGUUGUGUCUUCUCCUUAUUAUUCUCUUGCUUCCCUUUAAGAUCACAUCUUCGCCUAGAACACAAGCUGAAGCUCUUGUCAAGUGGAAAGAAAGCUUAACUUCUUCACCUUCUUUGAAUUCAUGGUCCCUCACUAAUCUCAACAAGUUGUGCACAUGGACUGGGAUUGUCUGCAAUAAUGUCAUUGUUACAGUCUCUGAAAUAAAUCUCUCCAACUUGAAUCUGAAUGGAACAUUAGCCCAGUUUGAUGUCACUCCUUUUCUCAAUAUCACCAGUUUCAACCUUACCAACAACAGUCUUACUGGUUCAAUACCAAUGGAGAUAGGCCAAUUAACAGAGCUUCAAUAUCUCAAUUUUCACAACAACAGCCUUGGUGGAAUAAUUCCUUAUCAACUGGGUAAUCUCCAAAACUUAUGGUACUUUGACCUUGGAGCAAACUACUUCGAAUCUCCUGACUGGUCCAAAUUUUCAGGCAUGUCUUCAUUAACCUAUAUUGAUCUUUAUUAUAAUAACCUCACUUCAGAAUUUCCAAGUUUCAUAUCAAACUGCAGAAACUUGACUUUUCUCGACUUGUCAUCUAACACUUUGACUGGCCAAAUCCCAGAAUGGGUAUAUACUAAUCUGGGAAAGCUUGAAACUCUGAAACUCAAUAAUAACCAAUUCUUAGGACCUUUGUCAUCAAACAUUUCAAAGCUUUUCAAUCUCAAACACCUUCAUUUGGGAUCGAAUCCCUUAAAUGGUCCAAUCCCUUAUCAAAUUGGUUUCAUACCUGGUCUUGAAAUUCUUAUUCUGUCUGAUAAUUCCUUUAGAGGAGAAAUUCCUUCGUCUCUAGGCCAACUCAAGGAGCUCACCCACCUUGAUCUUCACAAAAAUUUAUUGGACUCUUCUAUUCCCUCUGAGCUUGGACUUUGUAAUAAACUCAACUUCUUGGCCCUCGCUGAAAAUAAAAUCUAUGGCGAACUGCCUUUGUCACUGUCCAAUUUGAACAAUAUCAGUGAAUUGGGCUUAUCCAGUAAUCUGCUUUCUGGUCAACUUUCAUCAUUUCUGAUAUCAAAUUGGACAUCAUUAACCUCAUUGCAACUGCAGUCCAAUAGAUUUAGUGGGGAAAUUCCAUCGACAAUUGGACAUUUGACAAAUCUCAACUACCUUUUCCUAAACCAAAACAACUUCUCUGGUACAAUUCCCUCAGAAAUAGGCUACUUGAAGGAUCUAAAAGGCUUGGAUUUUUCUAAAAACCAGCUAUCAGGAAGUAUCCCUGCAAAACUAAGUGAGCUUUCGAAUCUCAAGCUACUGUCUUUAUACAAUAAUAACUUGUCUGGCCUGAUUCCUCAGGAGAUUGGAAACUUGAACAACCUCGUAGUGUUGGACCUCUCUGAAAACUCUCUCUCAGGUCCAAUUCCCUCAACAUUGUGCAGCCUAAAUAGCCUUGUGUCUUUGCACCUUUUCCAGAACAAACUCAAUGGUACAAUCCCCCCGGAGAUUGGAAACAUGACAUCCUUGGUUUACUUUCACAUCGAUUCUAACAAAUUUUCUGGAGAGAUCCCACAUACAAUUUUUAAUCUUGGUAACUUGACGAGUUUGUCUGUGCAGUCUAAUAGUUUCUCUGGCACAAUUCCUAGAGAUUUUGGGAGGAGCGAUUCUAAACUGAACUAUGUCAUCUUCAACGACAACAACUUCUCGGGAGAAUUGCCAAAAGAAAUAUGCAGUGCCCUCCCUUUAGUGAACAACAAAAACAACAACAACAUUUUGGAAAAGCCACCAUCAGAGAGUAGAAGUUGUUCAGAAUUCUCUACAGUAAAACAUUUUGACAAUUCAUUCCUCCCAACUGCUCUGUGUGUUCCUUCUUAUCUUGAAAUAAUCUCUUUCAGUGGCAAUUUAUUUGUGGGACAAGUGCCAGUGGAGUGGGGAGACUGUAGAAAUCUCACUACUUUGCAAGUGGAGAGAAACAAAAUUUCUGGAAAAAUCCCACUUGAGCUUGGAAAGUUGACCAAGUUGCAAGUUUUGAGUCUCAAUUCAAAUGACUUGAGUGGAGAAAUUCCGGCUGAACUGGGGAAUCUAAACAAAUUGUACAGGCUUAAUCUCAGCAACAAUCGUUUGACUGGAAAAAUCCCCCCAAGUCUAGUCAAGAUAAGCAGUGAGAUUGCAGAUCUUGAUCUCUCAGCUAACAAUUUGAGAGGAAACAUACCAGAAUGGCUUGGUAGUUGUGAAAGAUUACUCAGCUUGAACCUUGGCCGCAAUAACCUAUCCGGUGAAAUACCUUCAGAGCUUGGCAACUUGGUUUCAUUACAAUAUGUGUUGGAUCUCAGCAGCAAUAUUCUCUCUGGAGAAAUCCCCUCAAGCUUCUCUAAGUUUAUAAUGCUUCAAAGCCUCAAUGUCUCUCAUAAUCAUCUCUCUGGUAGAAUCCCAACAUCCUUUUCCAGCCUAAUAAGUCUACUUUCCAGUGAUUUUUCUCACAAUAAUUUUGAAGGUCCAAUCCCAACAGGAGCAACUUUCCAAAAUACAAGUGCCUUUUUUGGAAAUCCUGGAUUGUGUGGUGACGCUUUAGGCCUCAUUCCCUGUGAAACUUCUAGCAAGAAAAGUAACACAGUUCUCUUUCUCGUUGUUGGUCUCGUUUGCAGCCUUGUAGUUCUUGCAGCUGCCAUAUUUUUAAUUCUUCUGUUGUAUCAUCGUAAAAAAAAAGUGGUGGACAGGGAAAGUAACCAUUCUCGAAAGAACAUUGACAUUGCUCUCGAGUCUUUGAUAUGGGAAAAGGAAGGAAAAUUCAAAUUUUCAGAAAUCGUGGAGGCCACGGAAGACUUUAACGACAAGUAUUGGAUUGGAAAAGGCGGUUAUGGUACAGUUUACAAGGCGGCUUUGUCUUCUGGUCGUGUUCUUGCAGUAAAGCGGCUAGAAACCUCAGACACAGGUGAUCAACUAACAGAACUAAGCCAGAUAAUGAGUUUCCUAAAUGAAAUACGAACUUUGACUGAAGUCCGACACCGGAACAUCAUCAAGCUUUAUGGGUACUGCUCAAGGAAAGGCUCCAUGUACUUGGUAUAUCAGUAUGCAAAGAGAGGCAGUCUAGCCAGUGUACUAUAUGGUUCAAACAAGGGAGCUGAAGAACUUGACUGGGAUGUAAGGGUGAGAAUUGUGGAAGGACUAGCAGCUGCAACCUCCUACUUGCACCAUGACUGCUCUCCACCAAUCCUACACCGCGAUGUGUCCUUGAACAAUGUGUUGCUCAAUUGGGAUUUUGUUCCAAAACUCUCGGACUUUGGCACUGCUAAGCUGUUGAGUCCUGACUCAUCAAACUGGACAAAUCUUGCUGGGUCCUACGGCUACAUGGCACCAGAGCUAGCGUUCACAAUGAAGGUGACUGAAAAAUGUGAUGUGUAUAGUUUUGGAGUGGUGGCUUUGGAAGUCAUGAUGGGAAGGCAUCCAAGGGAACUAUUAGAAUCUUUGCCGAACAAGAGAGAAUUGCUUUUGAAGGAUGUGUUAGACCAGCGUCUGCUACCUCCAACUGGUAAACUUUCGGCUGUGGUGGUGUUAGUGGUGAGCUUAGCGUUGGCUUGCACCAGAACUGGUCCAGAGUCACGACCCACUAUGCGUUAUGUGGCGCAGGAACUAUCGACCAAGGGCGGGACUUCCCUCUUGCAGCCGUUAUGGACUGCAAGCAUUGAUAAACUUGCAGAAUAUGAGAAACUUGAGAAAGAUACGAGUUAUUAACUGCCCUGGUACCACUAGCUCAAGAGUUAGAGCUCAUAGCUCAAUAGUUUAGAAGAGUAGUAUCAGUAAAUAACUGGGCUCAUAAUAAUUGUAGGUAUGUAUAUAUGUAUGCAUAUAUAUGCUUAGAUCUUGGUGCAAGAAGAAGUGCAUAUCAUUUUGUUCUCCUUUUGUAUUGCUGCAGUGUUUGCGUUUCAGUGAAAAAUUUAACUAAGUACU